AUGGGAUAUGCCCUGUUUGCUCACUGUGUGGUGUUGUUUCUGGGCACCAUCAUACACACAUCACAUGAUCACAGCCUGUGGGCUGGCGUUGGUGGUCUCUCUACUCUAAGGAUAGCAGGUAUCAUCAUGUCAAGAACCAGAGGUAAAACGGAACGUCUCAUUGUCAUUGGGACCAUAGCUGCUCUACACUUCUUGUUUCUGCUCUACUUACAUUUUGCAUAUCACAACAGUGUUGAGGAAAUCUCUGAUGCCCUGAAUCAGAAUUUAGUCCCAUUGCCAGUAGCAAAUGAAGAAGAAAUGGCGGUACCAGUAGCUGGUAUUAAAGAAGAAAUUGCUGACAAAUCUGAUUCGCAAAUGUGA